UUUCCUCUUGUGUUCCUUUGCUAAGCAUGGACCUAUUUUCCCCCCUUGUUAUGUUACAGCUGCCGUGUGAUACUUGACACGCAUGCGUGGGGCACUGUCUAAAAAUGGACAUCUAAUUCAUUGCAGUGUAGUGGGGAGGACUGAUGUGUGCCGGUGUUAUCCUUCCGCUUGGGCUGAUGCUGAGAGCAGAGUGCAGCUUACAGAUCGGUAUGAAGAGGCUGCUGCAGCUGCACAGGGAAGGCUGUGGGGUCGGCAGUUAGUGCCCCCCGGUCUGUUCGAGCCUGCUUUUCGUGGACAAUAUGGAUCUGUAGGAGCCGAUGCCCCAGGGUUGGUAUGCUGUUAAUUCCAAAUAAAGUACAAGGAUGACCAUAUCUGAAAAAGUCAAAACGAAUGAAUUGGAAAGUAGCCAUGAAAAUGUUUUAUGAUCUGAAUUUCCAGUCCAAGUGUCACCAUGGAACAUGACACAUCACAGAGCGUGCUGACUUGCUUUGAGAAAAUUCUUUACUUUUACAAUGAUGGUGUUCUCAGCAAUGCUAACACCUGUUCAUCCAGUGACUUCUUAUAGCACUCACAUUGUCUACGAAAAUGGUUACAGCAACUUAACACCACCUCAGCCUUCGUUUCGUGGUAACUUGGAUAUACCACCAAAGUAUAAUCCGGUUGCCAUGCCUACAACUGAGAUUAAUCCUUUACAAGUGAACGCUUCUACAACGCCACCCGCAAAAUAUGUAGCCGAUACAUUAAGUUUACCCCUUCAGAUUAUACUUUCUUCAGUGAUGAUUAUUAUACUUUUGCUCUCAUUCCUUGGGAACUUUGUAGUGUGUCUCAUGGUCUACCAGAAAGCUGCCAUGCGUUCCGCUAUUAAUAUUUUGCUUGCUAGCCUGGCUUUUGCCGAUUUAUUACUUUCUAUUCUGAACAUGCCUUUUGCUUUAGUGACAAUUAUCAUCACCGAGUGGAUUUUUGGUGACAUUUUUUGUAGAGUGUCUGCCAUGUUCUUCUGGUUGUUUGUAAUGGAAGGUGUUGCAAUUUUGCUUAUAAUAAGUAUAGACCGAUUCCUCAUUAUUGUUCAAAAGCAAGACAAACUAAAUCCUUACCGUGCAAAGAUUCUAAUUGUGAUUUCAUGGGCCACAUCUUUGUGUGUAGCUUUCCCUCUAUCCAUUGGAAACCCCCAUCUGCAAGUACCCUCUAGAGCACCACAGUGCGUGUUUGGCUAUACCACAAACUCUGGUUAUAAAGCUUACGUGAUUCUAUUGGUAUUAAUUUUCUUUUGUAUUCCUUUCAUGGUGAUGUUGUAUGCUUUCAUGGGCAUAUUGAACACUGUGCGCCACAAUGCAGUUCGUAUACAUAGCCAUCCGGACAGCAUAUGCCUCAGCCAGGCCAGCAAGUUAGGCCUUAUGAGCCUCCAAAGGCCUUUUCAAAUGAACAUUGACAUCAGCUUUAAAACUCGUGCCUUCACUACCAUUUUAAUUUUGUUUGUAGUCUUUAUAGUUUGUUGGGCACCAUUCACUACAUACAGUCUUGUUGCUACGUUUAACAGUAACUUCUACAACAAGCACAACUUUUUUGAGAUCAGUACAUGGCUGCUUUGGCUGUGCUACCUCAAGUCUGCACUAAACCCAAUAAUUUACUACUGGAGGAUAAAGAAAUUCCGUGACGCAUGCUUGGAUCUGAUGCCCAAGUACUUCAAAUUUUUACCGCAGUUACCAGGCCACACAAGGAGGCGAAUUCGGCCUAGUUCCAUAUAUGUAUGUGGAGAACACAGAUCUGUAGUGUAAAAAUUAAUAGACUUUCCUUCAAAGGGUGACUGCCAUGAAUCUUACUACUUAUAUGUGAAAUAUUUCCUGUGUGCUACAAAAAAGUGAUAUUAGUUGAGAAAAAAAUCUCCGCCGGGAAAGCAAUGUAAAUUAAAAACACGAUACCUCUAAGAUAUAAGGUGAAUCCUUAUUUGAGAAAUAUUUUGUCAGGUUAAUGCUUACCAGGCCUGCUGUUCCUGUAUUUGCAGGCAGUCUGUAUGCUGCUACAUUCGGUGGAUGUGUCAUUUUGUUUCUGAAUCAAUUUCUUUGCUGCUUUUUUGCUAUGAUAGUUGAGCCAAAAAUGUUGUGUAGCUGAGAUUUGCAAAAUAUACUUUGUUUUGUUUUGCAAACUAAUUUCUGAUAUUGUUAGUGUGUUCCUUUAAUUCAGAGGUAAGCAACAUGGGUUUCUCCACCUGUGAUUAACCUAUAUCUCCCAUAAUA